AUGAGCAACAAUGAUCUCCGUGGCACAUUGCCUUCGUGUCUAGCAAAUUUAACAUCCCUUCAACAAUUAGAUAUAUCUUCCAAUCACUUCAUUGGAAAUAUCUCCAUAUCUCCCCUGGCGACUCUCACAUCCUUACAUAAAUUACAACUUUCAAGAAACCUUUUCAAAAUUCCAAUCUCACUACUGCCGUUCUUUAACCAUUCAAAGCUCAAGUUCUUGGAUUGUCAUGAGAACGAGAUAUAUGCAGAUAUAGAUGUGCCUAAUUUGACACCAAAAUUUCAAUUAGAGACCUUAGAUUUGUCAGGUCAAGGAGAUGGUGGAGUGUUUCCCAAGUUCCUCGAUUAUCAGCAUAAGUUAGAGUAUGUUGAUCUGUCAGAUAUUAAAAUGAAGGGAGAGUUUCCACAUUGGUUGAUUGGAAACAACACAAAAUUAUACACACUUUACUUGCCUAGUUGUUCUCUUUCAGGGCCCCUCCACUUGCCAAUGCAUUCCCAUGUGUAUUUGUCAGACUUAGAUAUCUCUGACAACAGCUUCAACAGUCCUAUUCCAACAGAAAUUGGAGUACAAUUUCCAAAUUUAUAUUUUCUAAACUUGUCUGGAAAUGGUCUCAUUGGUGACAUUCCUUCAUCAUUUGGGAAAAUGAGCCAAUUGAUAAAAUUAGACUUGUCCAGCAAUCGACUAUCAGGCAUAAUACCCCAAGACUUGAUUGUUGGAUGUAUUUCAUUAUUUAAUCUCAUUCUUUCAAACAAUAAUUUGCAAGGCCAAAUAUUCCCAGAACAGGCUAAUUGCAAAGAAUUGGAUCAAUUAUUGUUGGAUGGCAAUCAAUUCACUGGAAGUAUCCCAUAUAGCAUACUUAACUGCACCUUGUUGAAUAUGUUGGAUGUGAGUGAUAAUCAUCUCUUUGGUAGCAUUCCUGGUUGGAUAAGGAAUAUGACUUUUCUUCGAGUCUUGGAUCUAUCAGAGAACAAGUUCUCUGGAACCCUACCAUCUAGCUUUGUCCCUCCACAGAUCAGAGAAGUUUAUUUAUCAAAUAAUAGGCUACAAGGACCACUGACAAAUGCAUUUUACAAUUGUUCUGAAUUAAUGACAUUGGAUCUUAGUCGCAACUAUUUCACUAGAAGGAUUCCAGAUUGGAUUGGCAAGUUUCCAAAAUUGAGCUAUCUUCUUUUGGGUUAUAACAAUCUUGUAGGUGAAAUACCAAUUCAGUUGUGCAACUUAGGCCAAUUAAGCUUGGUUGAUCUUUCUAAUAAUAAUCUUUCUGGCCAUGUCCUCCCUUGCAUAACCGCUGCUAGCAAUAAGGUUAGGCAAGAAGAAGUUGGCACAAAUCCGUAUAUGGCUUCAUCUCCAGCUUAUAUGAAACAGCCUUUGGAGUUUACAACAAAGAGUAUAUCGUAUUACUUCCAAGGAAGCAUUCUCAAGUACAUAUCAGGGCUCGAUCUGUCCUGCAACAAUUUGACAGGUAAAAUUCCUGCUGAAAUAGGAAAUCUUAGCAUGAUCCAGGUGUUAAACCUGUCCCAUAACAGUUUGACAGGAUUGAUUCCGCAAUCAUUUUCAAACUUGAAGCGAAUUGAGAGCUUGGAUCUGUCCUACAACAAAUUGAAUGGCAAAAUCCCUCAACUCACUCAACUACAUUGGCUAGCUGUCUUCAGUGUAGCACACAACAAUUUAUCUGGCAAGACACCUGAGAUGGUUGCACAAUUUGCGACAUUUGACAAUAGUAGCUAUGAGGGAAACCCUUUCCUUUGCGGACCUCCAUUGUCUAAAAGUUGCUUUUCUUCAUCAAUAAUGCCAAGAGUUUCAGAGGAAGAUAAAAAAGAUCAUAAAAGAGAUGGUGGCUUUAUGGACAUGGAUGCUUUCUAUGUGAGUUUUCUGAUUUCUUAUGCCUUAGUGUUGUUGACCAUGGCUGCCAUUUUGUACAUAAAUCCAUAUUGGCGAAGAGCAUGGUUCUAUAUGAUAGAGUUGAGCCUCACCAACCUCUACUAUUUUCUGGUAGACAAUAUUCCUUUUUGGUUUAGAUGCUAUUGAAGUCUGGGUCUGCUAUGUACUUUAAAAGCAUUCAACCAUGAUGAGUGAGCUGAGUUUAUGUCCUAGUUUGAGUAAGCUAGGAUGGUUGCAGAAUAAUGAGCUGGAGCUGAUUGCAGAGUUCAGUUCAAUUAGCAGAGAUUCCAUUGAGAGCUUGUUUCAGUCUAAUGUUGAUUGGUGGUGGAUUUUUUUUUUUUUUUUUGGGGAUAAAUAUAUUGAUUAGUGUAGUUGUUAAGCUGUUAGAGCAGUUGUUGAGCUGUUAAACAGUUAGAGAGAGGAGCUGAUUGUAAUCUUUAUGCAAGGGAUUGAACCUUCUGUAAUAUGCUAUCUAUGAUUGAAUAAUAACUCUCUUCUUGCUCAA